UGCGGUCUGACAGUUGCACGGCACUUCCGGACCACAGCGGCCGCAGGCACACUGUCCCGGCAGGCCAGGGUGGCAGCUGCCCGGAGUCUGUCCCCAAGGCCCACCCCCUGCCCCUGGUCACUCCAGUUCUGCAGAGGUACAGGGUCCUUCCCCCUGCCCUGAAAAGUUGAUGGGUGACAUUCCUACCUGCCCCAUGAGGACAGGAGUCCAGAGAGGGCGACAAACCCUCCCAGAGAGAGCCACACGGCAGGUCAAGGCCAGGCAAGAAGACCAAGACCGCCCCUCUUGCCUGGGUCCCUGCACCCCCACCAACGCCAUGGAGCCCUCCUGACUCCCGCAUGGGCCCGCCCGCGCACGCCCCCUGGAGUCCUCCUCCCGCCCACGCACGCCCCCAACUCUGACCUUCAGCAUGAGCAGCCCCCCGCCGCCCACAGAGACCCCCGCACCUGACGCCCCCACCUGGCCGACUCAGCCUACCUACGGCAACCUCGGUGAGGGCCGCGCCCACCUGCUGCCCUCCAAGGCCUGCCGGCCCCCCCGGAAAUCUGGGCCCCCCUCGGCUGACCCGCAGCCCCUGCCCCCACCCCUGCCCAAGAAGACCCUGUCCAGGACCCAGUCUCUGCCCAGCCACAGGGCCCCCAGCCGCAGCCCUGCUCCGGAAAGGCAGCCCCGGAGGCCCUUUCUGGGGUCCCACAGUGUGGACGAGCGCCAGGCGGAUGACGGCCAAGCUCGGCCAGCCUGUCCCCUUGCAGAGCCGCCCUUCAGCUCCCUUGACACCUCACUGGGUCUCUCCUGGCACGACCUGAAUUGCCCCGAGGCCACGCGCGCCGUCCUGGAGGCCCGGCAGCUGGAGGGUCUCCGCACUGUGCACUCCCGGCUCGAGGCCCGGCUCCUGGGGGGCCACCCGGGCCCCUGCCACCCCGGCCACGACUUCCGCCUCCUGGACAGCUCGCCCUACGUGGAGAGUGGGGACGCCCUCUACUACCGCAUGGUGCGGGUGGGCGACGAGUCGUGGCACCUCCUGGCGGCCAAGGUGUCCAAGUCGGGAGCGGAGGAGCCUCGCCCGUGGGGCCUGGAGCUGCAGGCCUCACUGCCCCCACACUUCAACCUCCAGGGGCUGUGCGGCCUGGUGCCCGAGGGCGCACUGCCCGGGGUGCCCUGGACGGGCCCCGUGGUGCUGGCGGCCGAGGUGCCGGAGCGCACGCUGACCCAGUGGCUGGCAGAGGUGGGCACGCGGCGGCGGCCGGCGGAGUUGGCCUGGGCGGCGGCCCUGCUCCUGCUGCAGCUGAGCGCGGCCCUGGAGCAGCUGGAGGCGCGCGGCGCGGCCCUGGCGGAGCUGCGGCCGGAGAACCUGCUGCUGGCGGCGCCCCGGGGCUGU